AUGACUUUAAAUUUUAGUGUUCCUAGGCAUUCUCCGUUGACAUUCCGUCAUCGAAAUUGGAGUCUUAUUAGUAGUGAGUCAAUAGCUGAUAAAGUCAAUAAUUCGUCAGUACUAUUCUGUGAUAAUUAUUUGACAGUUGAUGACAGUGUUUCUCAUAUGAAUCAGAAUUUGUUGCAUAUUAUUGACUCCAUUGCCCCUGAGCGUGUGAUAAAAGUAACUCAUCCGCCUGCUCCUUGGAUAUCUGAUGACGUUCGUGAUUUGCAGCGUCGCAGAGAUAAACUGUAUAGAAUUUAUCGUAGAUCUGGUUAUGCAGAUAAGGAGUACUGCAAUGUCCGUCAUCUUGUAAAGAAGCGGAUUAUUGAAGCUAAGAAGAAUUAUUUGCAAGACCGUUUUAAGCAUGCUAAGUGUCCAAAAGCCAUUUGGAAUGACUUCAGAAAACUGGGUCUGUUAAGAGAUUCUUCUAAGAUGUUUGUUUCACCACAUCUUGAUUUGGAUCGGCUUAAUAACUACUUUGUGUCUGUUGGUAGUUCUAGGCGCGAUUGCGAUAAUUAUCAAGAUAUCUGUGUAAAUGAUGCAAAUGAUAGCAAUUCCACGAAUCAGUUUAAUUUUAUUGAAAUUACUGAGGAAGAUAUUAAGAGAAAUAUGAAGCGCAUCACUACUACUGCUGUUGGUCCAGAUGGUCUUUCUAUUACUUAUUACAAAGUACUACAGCAAAUUUUACUGCCAUCAAUUGCUAAUUUAUUUAAUAUUUCUCUGAGGACAUUCCAGUUUCCGAAGCAAUGGAAGAAGUCUAUUGUGUUACCUUUGCCUAAAGUGAGGUGUCCGCAGUCUUGUGAUGAUUAUAGACCUAUUUCAAUCUUGUGUCCUUUAUCUAAAGUUUUGGAGCGUUGUGUACACGAUCAACUCAUUUACUACAUUAAAGUAAAUAAUUUGUUGGAUCCUUAUCAGACGGGUUUCCAAGAGGGAAUGAAUACUCAAACUGCAGUGAUCCGACUAUGUGAUGAUAUUCGCUUUGCAAUUGAUGGCCGCAAGGUUACUGUUGCUGUUUUCUUUGAUUUCAGCAAGGCGUUUGACUGUGUUGAUCAUAGUUUGUUGUUAUUAACGCUUAAGAACUUAAAUCUAUCGUCAGGAGCUCUACUAUGGAUAGAAUCGUAUUUAUCUAACAGAACCCAAGCUGUUAAGCAUGGAGAUAGUUUAUCUUCUUGGCAGUGUUCUCAGAGCGGUGUCCCGCAAGGUAGUGUGCUUGGGCCGCUUCUGUUUUCGUUAUUCGUCUCAGAGUUAGGUCUACAGAUUAAAUGCAAGAAUCUCUUUUAUGCAGAUGACUUGGUAGUUUACAUAUCCUGUUUAAUGUCUGACUUGAACGAUGCAGUGUUAAAAUUAAAUGAGGACGUCAAUUUGGUAGUUGAGUGGUGUUCUAAUAAUUUCUUAAAGCUAAAUGCUUCAAAGACUAGGUCAAUUAUAUUUGGUUCCCCUCAGCAUGUAAAUGAUCCUGCUUGUAUUGCUGCUCGGAAGAUUAUGAUUGGUGAUACAGUUACUGACUACUCUGUCUCUGUUAAAUAUUGA